AUGCAGGGGAUUCCAUAUGAGACGUUUCGCUGGGAUGAUGCGUUCGCAUCGGGCUGGCAAUGGCCGGCUGGCGGAGUGGCCAUCUAUCUAGUGGUCGUGCUGCUGUUGAGCAUUGGGAUGAAGAAUGCCAAGCCUUUUGAGCUCGGCUCAACUGCCGUGGUGCACAAUCUACUCCUGUCCUUGGGCUCUCUAGUCAUGCUACUCGGCACGUUACUGGAACUGCACAGACGCUGGUCCGCUUCUGAGAGCUUUGACUGGUUUUUCUGCGAAGCGCCUGCUACGCAAACCUCUGGCCCAUUGUUUUUCUGGUCAUAUGUCUACUACCUGAGCAAGUAUUACGAGAUGUUCGAUACGGUUUUGGUGCUAUUGCAGAAAAGCAGGGUACCGCACUUCAAGCUGCAAGUAUAUCAUCAUGCGGCUGUGGUGCCUAUGGCUUGGCUUUGGUGUCAAUACCAGCAAUCGCUUCAGUGGGGCGGCCUACUUUUCAACACGUUCGUCCACGUAGUCAUGUACCACUAUUAUGCUAUGAAGAUCCUGAAGCGCCCGACGCCGUGGAAGCGAUGGAUCACCAAACUGCAGAUUGUGCAAUUCGCCACGAGCUUCUGCCUGUUGUGCAUCACAGCCUCGAAGCUUUACGGAGGGGCGGAAUGUGCCGGACUGAGAUCGCUUAUCUUCAAUGCCUCUUUCAACGCCACAUUGAUCAUUCAGUUCAUUGGUGUGGACAAGCGGAACAAGCAGGUGAGAGCGAAGGGGCUUCUCCGCGCUGCCGAAGCUGGCGUGAAGCUGGUUGCGCAGCAACCCGACUGGCACAAGCGCAGGAAGCCCUCUCAGCUGAGCUUCCUCAAAGACGGUGUCUGGGGCCCUCUGAAGUGGGCGAUGACAGCACCGCCGGAGGAGGUGCAGAUCCUGGAUGGCCUCCAGGUCCAGCUGCAGGACGAUCAAGUUUCUGUACGCUUCGCCUUGGAAGACGUAGAGCUCGAGUUUGGUCUGGGAGGCUGCGCCUUCCUUCUGAGUGUUGUGGACAACGUGAUCAUCAGCGGGCCUCAUGCCCAGGAGCAUCUCCAAAUUGAAAAAGCUCCAGCCUGCCGGUGGAUGGAAGUCCUCCUCCAUAGAGUGGAUCUCCUGCAGUGCGGGGCUCUUCAACCUGGAACUCUGGAUGUAUUGCCUGUUGGCAAGAAGAAGCAGCAAAAAGUUGCGGUCGGCGAUGAUACAGGCGUGCUACAGGUCUUCUAUAUCAAAAAGGGUGAGGUUCAAUACGAAUGGAAGUCCGCCCCUCUUGGACGCGAGAUCAGCUCUGUCGUCAUACAGCUCGCAAAGGACAAAAUCUUUGUUGGAUGCGGGCAGUCGAUACAUGGAUUCACGCGGAAAGGGAAGGAGUUUGUCAAGAUCAAGACGAACCUCACAGAGACGAUCAACCAUCUCUUUGUGGAGGAGAACAUGAUUUGGACCGGCGGCGAAUACGUCAUGAACAUCUAUGACAGCUGCAAGGAUUAUGGCUUCGUGAUGACCAAGGAUCGAAUCAAUGAUUUGACCUGCGCUCCUGUGCAUAACGGAGAAAUCCUCAGCACGAUCAUCGCUUGCCAGGACAAGUGCCUGCGAGUCUAUCAGGGGGAGAAGCUCUCGCAUGAAUUUGCCGCGGUUGAGGGCUCUGCCACUGCCCUGGGCUUCCAGGGUGUCAACCCUGUGGACAACACAGCGCAUCACGUUGGCGACCCUGUGCAGAUGAUCUACGGGACAGAACAAGGUGUUGUUGGGCUUUGCUCUCUGGAUGCAAAGUCCAUGAGACGAACCGGCUCAGCGCUGAGCGUUGACACGGUCCCGGCUGCCUACACACUGGCCCUGGCAAAUUCGCUUCCUGAAGAGGCAGGAGUUGGCCUCGACAAGGACCAGGGCUGCGGUUUGUCCAAAUGGUAG